AUGGUCACAAACGCAGGAGAGUACAGCGAGGGCCGCAUCCCAGAAGACAUGCAGAGCAAACUACAGCCUAUAGGUAUCAUUACCUGCGAGUUCUACUUCCUUGACAAUGCAAGACGCAAUCCGAAGAUCGCCUUCGUACAGAAGGAGUUGGAGAAGCUGGAUACGGUCAACGAGAAGGCUAUCAAGGGCGAGUCGCUGUCGCAUCAGGCAGUGUAUGUAUAG